AUGAAGAUCUCUAAUAUUUUGGGUAUGGCUACGGCGGUGGCGGCAGUCUCCGUCCCGCGCUCCAAGAAUUCCUCUCCCACCGCACUGAACAAUGUGACCAUCUUCACCCCUCCCUCCGACUACAUUGUUCCUCGGACAUUGUACCCUCGGAAUGAGCAGCUCCCCAAUGGUGACAUUCUAGCAACCUGGGAGAACUAUUCGCCAGAGCCCCCACAGGUCUACUUCCCCAUCUAUCGCUCCAAGGACCAUGGCAAGACCUGGAAGGAGAUCUCCAAGGUCCACGAUACCGCCAAUGGAUACGGAUUGAGAUAUCAACCCUUCCUCUACUACCUGCCGGAGCGUGUCGGGUCAUUCAAGAAGGGAACCUUGCUGCUAGCCGGUAGCAGUAUUCCCACUGAUCUCUCUUCCACCAACAUUGAUCUAUACGCAUCAAACGACGAUGGCAAGUCUUGGAAAUUCGUCAGCCACAUCGCCGCUGGAGGAAGAGCCGAGCCCAUUAACGGACUCACUCCAGUCUGGGAGCCUUUCUUGCUUGCUCACAAGGGAAAGCUCAUCUGCUACUACUCUGAUCAGAGAGAUAAUGCAACUUACGGACAGACCAUGGUUCACCAGACUUCAUCUGACCUGAAGAACUGGGGUGCUCUUGUCGAGGAUGUCACUUAUCCCACUUACACUGACCGACCUGGCAUGCCGGUUGUGGCCAAGCUUCCUAACGGCAAAUAUUUCUACAUCUACGAAUAUGGCUCCUUCUUCGGAACUUCGUCCUACUCGUUCCCCCUCUACUACCGAAUCACCUCGGACCCCGAGAAGGUCGCCGAUGCUCCUCAUCAGCGCCUGGUGGUCUCGAGUGGUACUAAGCCAACUUCUUCCCCUUACGUUGUGUGGACACCAUACGGAGGCAAGAACGGCACCAUUAUCGCGAGCUCCGGAACGCAGAGUACCCUCUUCAUCAACAAGGCUCUCGGUGAAGGUGAAUGGACCGAAAUUCAAUCUCCUGAGGAGCACGGUUACACCCGGGCUCUGAGGGUGCUGUCGGAGGAUGGCGGCCGCUAUCUGAUGGUUCAUUCUGCGGGUGUGCUGCAAGGAACCAACAACCGUGUUUCGGCAAGCGUGAUGGACUUGAAGGAUUUCUUGUGA